UGUGCCGCAUAGAAGCGCAGCGUACAGUGCACUCGCAGCUAUCCAUCCGUACAGUUGGAUGUCACCGGCAACGGCAAUCAUUAGCAAGACGAAAGCGUUAAUAAAAAGAAGUUGUGGUAGAAGCAGACGAAGAAGAAGACUCAACAUCAACAGAAGUCAACAGAAAUACGACGUGUGAUCUUGAUCUUGAUCUUCUAUCAUUGAAUUCAGCACAGAGACAACAGAAGAUACAGCCGCACUCGUCAACGGUGCUGCUACUGCUACGGUUUUACUUGUGUAUCGAACUCAGCCUUAUUACAAACUUUUUUCUCUAAAUAAAAAACUGUGUCUUACUGUGAAUGCGCCGACAUAUUCCUAUCAGACAAUAUCAAAUGAAACUCGUGAUUAAUUCUGAUAUUGAUGCUAAUAGCAGUUAAGUGUUAUUGUGUUAGUGGCGUUAUUAUCUGCAACAUGUUUAUGCAAAUACGUGAGUAGGUAAAUAUUGCAGCGAUUAGAUUCAACUGAAGCAAAAUGAAAUGUAAAAAUAAACAAACUGAAGCGCAGUAGAAAAAACGUCUCACACAAACAAAACAAAAAAAAAAAAAACUAAAUAAAAAAGGUGCCGCGAAACUAGCCAACAAUAUAGAAAACGAUAAUAAAAAGAAAAAUAAACAAAGGUGACUUACAAACAUAGAAACUUUGUAUAAAAAGAGAUUAGAAAAGAGAAAACACUAUUUAAUACUUCGAUCUUUGGAAGUUAUACAUACAUACAUACACACAUAGCGGCACAAUGACGGCGCAUGAGCAACCGAUUAGCUACUUAGACAGCAUCCUGAACGAGGAGGAGUCACGCUGCGAAUACAGUCAUCAGUGGCGCAAUUUCACAAUCUCACGUUCGGGCCGUUUCAAGUCAAAAAAUCGUAAGCGCGACGUUGUUGAUGGUAAACUAUUCGAUGCGGGCAAUGCGCCCAAUAUGAUGUCGGCAUCGUCCAAGCCGUCGUCGGCUGCUGCCGCUACGGGUCAUAGUCGUGUCAUGACGUCCGCCACCAUGAAUCCACAUUACAAGCAGGAGCCGGAUAAGAACAAUUACCGCCAACCCUCAGCCAUGUCAAGCAAACUAUUUUCGUCGCAGUCCAAUCCAUCAGCCUCCGCUAAUUCAAAUGCAAGAAAUGCGAUGAUGCGUGAGAAGACAGAGAGUUACAAAAGUUACUAUGAAACGAAUUUAUAGAUGUCACUCGCAAAUAGCACGAAAAACUAUAUAUUUUUAUGUAUAAUAUAAAUUUUUUAAAUUAAACUUUAUUGUGAAAGACAUGUGUAAACACUACUUUUAUAACGUAUUUAGCUUUUAACAACAUAUUCUUAUAUUUUAGCAUGG